GUACGUACUAACCCCCGUACACGCGCGCGCACGGGGAAAACUGCCCGUCUCGCUUCGUUUUUUCCACCCGAAAUUUAGUUGGGAAAUCGGGGAUCCCGCGACUCCGCGAGCGACCGAGCCAUCACCCCAUCAGCCCGCCCAUCACCUCAGCACAGCAGCUAGCAGCCGUUGCUUGUUUUUCCAGCUUCCUCAUGCACCUCACACCGCUGCCUUUAAAGCCCACCUCCCCCGCGCCGCGCGUCCCCGUCUCAUCUCAUCAUCAUCAUCGCCCGCGGCCACCAGCCAAGCCAUCGCCGCGCGCCGUCGUCUUCUUGAGCUUGGCUUCUUUCUUCCUCUCUCUCUCUCCCCUGACCAAGAAGGGGCGCCGUGGCCAUGGGGGGAUUGGCGCCGUCCGCGCCGUGGCGGUGGAGCUGGAGCGUCGCCCGCGCCGUCUUCUUGGCGUCGCUGCUCGUCCUCGCCUCCGCGCAGCAGCAGCCGCGCCCGCCGCGGGCCCCGGAGAUGUCCGCCGUCGACGUCGACGCGAUCCUCGCCAGGGUGUGCGGCGGCGGCUCGUCCAGGCAGGCGGCGCCCGUGCCGCCGCUGCCCCUGUGCCACGAGCUCAUGCGCCACCGCGGCGGGGUCAGGCGCCACCACCGCAGGCCGGCGCCGCCGCCGGGACGCGACGAGGAGGUCGACCUGCGCUACGGCGUCGCCAAGCGGCUCGUCCCGACGGGGCCGAACCCGCUGCACAACUGAGGACGCCGGCGACGGCGAGGCGUUGGUCAGUUCUUGCUUUCUUGGACACAUCGGCAUGCAGCCGGGCUCAUCAUCCGUCGACGUCGUCCUCUCUUGUUCUUGCUUUCCGGGUGCACUUUCUUGGAGCUCGGAAAGGACUUACAAUGGAGGAUCGAUGCUUACUACAUCAGCAUGGCAACAAUAACAUAGAUAGAAUUGCAUGUAUAGGCUAGUUCUUCUUCUUCCUCCUCCCAAUUCUUGGCAACAUCUAGUACCAUGUUUCUUGUAGCUUUCUUGGCCUGCAUUUCUCAAUGCAGAAAAAAAGAAAAAAAAUUGGAAGUUCUUUUCUGGCAGCAGUGACGUCUGUAUACAAUUUGUCAUUUCCAUAAUCCAUCUCUUUCUCCCUGUGGCUGAUGGGCUGGACAUCAUCAAUGAGAAGCCAAAGGCAUAUCAUCUUCUUUUUUUCA